CGGGCUCCCGCUCCGCUGCGGGCACCGCCCGGGCCGGGAUCGCGGCGGGACGGGGCGGCUGCCCGCUACCGAGUCUCCCGCUGCGGAGGCAGCGUUUGCGGGGUUGUUCUGUGGGGUUUCUUGGGAUUUGGGUUUGUUUUUCUUGUUUCCCGGCGCACUCGGCAUCUGCCUGGCGCGAUCCCCGCACCAGCCCUUCAGUGGCUGGGCUUUUCCCUCUCGCUCUCCUCGCGGAGUUGUUCUGCGCGACGCUGUUGCCCUCUAGUGUUUGCGGGAAUUGGUUAUGGCUCUGCUGGGGGACAAAAUUAGUCAGCCUAGUGCAGUAAUUAUUCAUAACUUCAGGUGGUUAUAGCUGCUUGGAUUCCCUAAAUCCUGUCAGAAAUUGAUGUGUGCUGCUGCUCGGUUCAGCUGUCAUGUGCAACCCUCGGGAAAUGGCAGAAAGCUUGUAUCUUAUUCAAGUCGAUGCCUGAUGUGCUGGAUAAUUGCUUCAGGUUUUGGUGUGGUGAGGUUUUCUUUUUUAAUAGAAUGACUAUACCUUCAGUAAAGCUUUGUGGAAGAUAGAUGUGUGCUGCAAUGGUGACAUAAAUAUUUCAGAGGACUGGAAAAAAUUGUUGAGAAUCUGUGUUUGUUUUUCAUGCUGCUGUUGAGAGCUAUCUAAGGCAAGUAAACACCAUGAGUUUUAUCCUGAAACUUCACAGACAUUUUCAAAGAACAGUCAUUUUGCUGGCCACUUUUUGUAUGGUGAGCAUAGUUAUUUCUGCCUACUACUUGUAUAAUGGCUACAAACAGGAAAACGAACUUCCUGAAACCUCUUCGGAAGUGGAAUGUGGUGAUCCUCAACUGUUGCCAUACAAGCUGAUGGAGAUGAAGACCAUGAAGCCUGUUGAUCCCCUGAGGACAGACCUUGUAGUGCUGGUGUUUGUGGAAAGCCAGUACUCAGCAUUAGGCCAAGAUAUAAUAACCAUUCUGGAAUCUAGCAGGUUUCAGUUUCACAUUGAGAUUGCAUCUGGGAAAGGUGAUCUCCCAGUGCUUAUAGAUAAAAACAAAGGCAAAUAUGCUCUCAUAGUAUAUGAAAAUAUUCUUAAGUACGUGAAUAUGGACUCUUGGAACAGAGGCCUUCUAGAUAAAUACUGUAUAGAAUAUGGUGUAGGUGUGAUUGGGUUUCACAAAGGCAAUGAGAACAGCUUGCAGAGCUUUCAGUUGAAGGGUUUUCCCUUCCAUGUCCACAACAAUCUGGGUAUUUUGGACUGUUGCAUUAACCCUCAUUCCCCACUGCUCCAUGUGACUAAACCUUCUAAGCUUGAGAAAGGGCCCUUGCUUGGAAAUGACUGGGCUGUUUUCCAGAUUAAUCACACAACUUACCAACCAGUGAUACUUGCAAAAGUAAAGACACCAGAAAACCUUUCUCCACCUGCUGCUCUAAGUGCUCUCUAUGCCACGGUAAUUCAUGACUUGGGGCUCCACGAUGGGAUUCAACGAGUCCUUUUCAGCAGUAACUUGAAUUUUUGGCUUCACAAGCUGAUUUUCAUAGAUGCCAUCUCUUUCCUGUCUGGAAAGAAGCUCACACUAUCCUUGGAUAGGUACAUUCUGGUUGACAUAGAUGAUAUCUUCGUUGGCAAGGAUGGAACAAGGAUGAACACCAACGACGUACAGGUAUGUUUAUAUGCUGCUUUACGUCUUUUUCAGGCCCUACUUGAUACUCAGAAUCUUUUGAGAGCCCAGAUUACAAAUUUUACUUUCAACCUGGGAUUUUCAGGAAAAUUUUAUCACACAGGGACUGAGGAGGAGGAUGAGGGUGAUGACCUGCUGCUGAGAUCUGUGGAUGAGUUCUGGUGGUUUCCCCACAUGUGGAGUCACAUGCAGCCACACCUCUUCCACAAUGAGUCCUCGCUGGUGGAGCAGAUGAUCCUCAACAAAAAAUUUGCAUUAGAACAUGGUAUUCCAACUGACUUGGGCUACGCAGUGGCUCCACACCACUCAGGAGUCUAUCCAGUACAUGUUCAGCUUUAUGAUGCCUGGAAAAAGGUCUGGAACAUCAGAGUAACUAGCACAGAAGAAUACCCACAUCUGAAACCUGCAAGGUAUAGACGAGGCUUCAUCCACAAAAACAUCAUGGUGCUUCCUAGGCAAACUUGUGGCUUAUUCACCCACACCAUUUUCUAUAAAGAAUAUCCUGGAGGUCCAAAGGAAUUAGACAAAAGUAUUCAAGGAGGAGAGUUGUUCUUCACAGUGGUUCUCAAUCCAAUCAGCAUCUUCAUGACACACUUGUCUAAUUACGGGAACGACCGCCUGGGCUUGUACACCUUUGUGAAUCUGGCCAACUUCGUUCGUACCUGGACAAACCUGAAACUGCAAACCCUUCCCCCGGUCCAGCUGGCUCACAAGUAUUUUGAGCUAUUCCCUGAGCAGAAGGACCCUCUCUGGCAGAACCCCUGUGAUGACAAACGGCACAAAGAUAUCUGGUCUAAGGAAAAAACCUGUGAUCGGUUACCAAAAUUCUUGGUUGUAGGACCCCAGAAAACUGGUACUACAGCCUUGUAUUUGUUCCUGAUCAUGCAUCCUUCCAUCAUUAGUAACUCCCCCAGCCCAAAAACCUUUGAGGAGGUACAGUUCUUUAAUAGAAAUAACUACCACAGGGGGAUUGAUUGGUACAUGGAUUUCUUUCCAACUCCUUCUAAUGUCACCACGGACUUCCUCUUUGAGAAAAGUGCCAACUAUUUCCAUUCUGAGGAAGCUCCCAAGAGAGUGGCUUCCCUCAUCCCCAAGGCCAAGAUCAUCACCAUUCUCAUUGACCCGUCCGACCGCGCGUACUCCUGGUACCAGCAUCAGCGAUCCCACGAAGACCCCGCAGCUCUGAAAUUCAGCUUCUAUCAGGUGAUUACAGCUGGCCCUCGAGCCCCCUCUGAGCUCAGAGCUCUCCAGAAGAGAUGCCUGGCACCUGGAUGGUAUGCUACCCACAUUGAAAGAUGGCUCACUUACUUCCCACCUUACCAGUUGCUAAUUAUUGAUGGACAGCAGCUGAGAACUGACCCAUCUACAGUAAUGGAUGAAGUACAGAAGUUUCUGGGAGUCUCUCCUCAUUAUAAUUACUCUGAAGCCCUAACGUUCGAUUCUCAUAAAGGAUUCUGGUGUCAGCUCUUGGAAGAAGGAAAAACCAAGUGUCUUGGAAAGAGCAAAGGCAGAAAAUACCCCCCUAUGGAUUCUGAGUGCAGGGCCUUUCUCUCGAGCUACUACAGAGAUCACAAUGUGGAACUGUCAAAACUCCUCCACAAACUGGGACAACCCCUGCCAUCGUGGCUGAGACAGGAGCUACAGAAAGUGAGAUAGCAUUGGAAAAGAGCUUUUUGAAAUCUCCUUCCACACUUCAGCUGUCAUACCUGAGCUUUCCAGCAGCUACCAGAAGGUCUUGUAAGAUAUACCUCUUCAAAAAACUGUAAAGGAUAGAAAUUAUUUCCAUAUGCUGGCAUGUGGAUUGUAAAAAUACAUGUGUUCCUUAGAGCUCUGGUGGGCCAAAUCUUUCUCAUAAACAUUUCUGGGCCUGUGGAGUUGUGGACUACUGUGCACAUACGUGGAAGUUAUUUACAACUGGUAUAAGCAUCAGAGAUACAUGACCUAUCCGAUUUAAUGGUAAAUAUUCACAUUUUUAUAUAUCAGUUUUAAAGUAUCGUGUCUCAUGGAGGUUUUGUAGCCCUUUGUUGGACCACUGGCAAUUUUCCUUAGGAUUUGAUUAUUGUGUUGCAUAGGAUAAGAUAAUGAAAAGUAACACAAAAUGCCCAGAGUAUUUCUGCCUUUGGAAUCAGCUUGCUAAUGCCCAAAGUGUGUGCAAACACUGGGGAGCAGUACAGUUAUCAUGUAUCAUUUAGCUGUGCAUGGCAACAAAUGCACCCAGCAACAUCUGCAAUUCACAGGUGUAGAAAGAAAACCACAAGCCAAAACAGAACCUGUCAUUAUAUCCAGUAACAACAAACCCUUCCAGUGCGGGAAGGGCCUUUGUAGUUAAUAUGUCUGAUUUUGUACUGACUGAGAUGUGAAUUAUCUGAGCAGCAAUUUGAUUGGAUGUGUGAAACACACAAGUUGCAGUGUUAGACCUAAACAGUUGUGACCCAAACUGGAGCAGUGCAAGGAAGAGGCUUUCAGUGCUGGUUCUGUGAGCGGCCAGAGCCGAACACUGCACUCCGGGCUUACGUUGCUCUGAGUCAGGAGUGACUCCACUGACAUGAAUUAAAAACUCCUAAAAAGCAGCAACAGAUCCUUACUUUUAUUGCCUUAAUUUGCGCCACUUUUUUUUCCUUAAUUUAUUUGCCUUUAACCUAUGCUUUUCCUCCCUCAACCUCAUCAAAACUGUAGCAUCUUUAUGCAACCUUCAGAUGACAUCAGCUGCAAAAAUCAGCAGAUUUCCAGAUGAAAAUACCAGUUCUGUUUCCAGAUACAUUAAACAUGUUUGGUAUUAAAUAUUAGGAAUGAGCUUUAAGGGGGACAAAAAUAAACACAGUGUGUAGUCAUGGUAGAAAAUUGCACUCAAAUCAUGGGAAAACACAAAUAUCCGCCUUUGCAGGCAGAUACUUGUGAUAGUUCUCAACAAUACAUCUCUCAAUGCAUCAGUUUAGAUGUGAGAUAAAGUCUAAUUAGUAGUGCUUAGAAGUUGUGGAAGAUCAUUGGAAACUUCAGCUGAGUGUGGCCUUAAUGCUCCUCACAGAACUUUGGCUCUGGGUGUUUCUAAAGGCAUGAAGGGUUAGUGAAAACAAAAAGAACCACAGUACUAAAUGCAAGGCUUUAUACAGGAGUUCUGUUAUGUUUUCAUCAUUUAUUUCAGGGUGAAUAUUUAAAAACAUGCAUCAGAUGGUGGAAAAACUUCCUAUGUCUCAGUGCUGUUUUACGACAUUUAUGUAAUCAAGCAAUUUAACUUUCAAGGUAAUAGAAUGGAAACCAGUCUGUUAUUCCCUAAAUAGAAAACAGAUGUUGAGAUCCUCACUGUACCUCUAACUGGUAAUCUUUAUUAUUUAUUGAUUUUGUCUAUGUAAUACGUGGUUUUGAUAGGCCUGUAAAGAAAAAAAUCUAGACAGAUUUGCUGUAUAUAACAAUAUUCUUUACGCAGCACAUUUUUGCUAAGGGAAUAUGCAUGAUUAAGGAUGAGGACCUACUAGAGUAGACAUUUUUUAAGAUGGAACAUUUCUAUUAUUUAUUAGAAUGAGAAUUUUAUUUCACUUUAAAUAUUCAGUCAUAUGGAUUUGUCUCAAAAGCUGACUUGUCUUAAAGUACUUUGAUAAAAGAAACACUCUGGAUUCUGAACAUCUGUAAAAGCAAAUACUCUGCAUGCCAUGGACUGCUUGUGCAUCCUGCAAGGAUCCAUAUAGAUUUGUUACAGUUAAAUUGAAUAACUGGAGAAAAUACCUGGGGUUUUCAUCCUUUCAUGAUUGAUUUUACUCUUGAUACAACCUGGUGUAACAUCAGUCAAAUGUUUUAAAAAUGCAGGGAUUGCACAAAGCUCCUGUUGUGCAUUGCUGCCUCAGUUACUCUGUUUUCUUCAGUGAAACAGCAUUAUAAAAUAAAGGAGAAUGGGAAAAACCUUGGGCACUGUCAAAUGCCUGAUGUUUCCAGGGUGAGAACACAGACAGAUUGCCUCCUACAUGCAGGAGUGAUGACCUUCAGCAUCAUUCCCAGUUCAUUCUUUGUUUUAAAGAAUUCCCUCUCUGUCUUCUUGCCCUGGGAAAGCAAGGCGCUGAUAGAUUGAGAAUGAGGGGGCAGUCAAGGACCGAGUAGUGACAUUGGUCACAUUGUCCCCUGGGGAAUUUUACAGCCCAUCUGUGGUCGCCAUGAGGAACUGGGACAAUAAAUCCUCCACGUGCAUGGCCUCAGCCUUGGGUGGAUUAUUAGUUGUUUGUAAAAGGAUGGUAUGAAGGCAUAGGAGGUUUUAUUCCAGAACUAUUCUAUUGAAAUGUGUUCUUACAUUUAACAGGAGCCUUUAAAAAGCCCUUUUACCAUGCAGCCAGCUUGGUGAAGGAGGAGGAGGCUGAGCACAGCAUGCAGACAGCAGCUGGGUGUGUGUCAGGGGAUGCACCUGAGUACAGCUGAGUAACCAAGUCAUACCACAUGAGUUACCUGAAGUGUAACCUCUUCUGUUCACAGCUUACCUGCAGUCAGCGUUUGAUUUCCAGAAGUACUCUGUCAGUAUUAAUACUCUGAAAAAACAGGUUUGUUACAACAAAUCUGUUUGCUAGUCCAAGUCAGAUGUUUCAUUGUGGCUGCUAACACAGCCAUGGUUUCUGUUCCCCUGGUAGGUAACUGCACAAGUGAUUUCUUUAACAACUGCUUGAUUUUGUGAGUUUCAUCUCCAUUUGGAUAAAUAUGAUUGCUUUAUGUGGCCAUCAAUGCCAUUAAAAAACAAUCUGUGGUUCUGAGCAGAUAUUGACCAUUUGGGGGUGUAGACACAGAGCCUGAUGAGAAAUUACCUAAUUAUUUGAGCUAACAUUCCUGAGAAUACUGUGACAUUUUCCCAGUUCUACUUGUGCAGAAAGAAUGAGUUUGGAUGAUUUGCAGACUAUCUUGUACAGAAUAUCCUUUUUCAUUGCUUAAAAAUGUGAAACUUCCUCAGGAAGAAAUUAAAUAGAUAUUUCAAUGUUUAUAGAUGUAAUACUCUUUGUCAUUCACAUUGAAUGAAAAUUGCUGGAAACAUUUUUCUCAGAGUUUUUUUUUAAUAAAAAAUAGAUAUUAUUCUGAUAGUGGCAUGGUAUUUGAAGUGCAACAAUAAACUCUGAUAAUAAAAU